GUCACCGGCGGUGAUCGGGGGACCCUCGGCUAUGUCUCGGGGAUGCUUGUUGUUCGUCGCGUGUGUUUCCGCUCCGUUUCCGUGUGCGCUUCUCUCGGUCGGGACGACGCACUGGCGAGGCGAGUCGCCGGCGUCCGUGCGGGAUAAAUCGCGCUCGGCAACUCGCGUGUGCGACGACGACGACGACGGCGCGGCGUCGGCUUGUCCACGUCUCGAGACGAGCGGCCGAGAGCGCGUCGUCGCUCAGGACGCGUCCCACUUUGCGAGGUUACGCUCCGAGUCAGUCAGCAGUCACCGUUCGCUCGCGGCCCGCGACGUAUCGCCAUUUCCGCGAGGACGCCACGCGUCGACGCUCGACGCUCGACGGAGGAGGUGUUAGCCUGCCGCCUGCCGAGAGCUAAGCAGACCGGGACGCGCGCGACGAUGUGGAAGAGCUGAGUACGGCUUGUCGUGGGCUCGUCGGGUACACGAGGGAUGAGCGGUUCGCGACUUGGCAGAGGCCGCGGCGGCCGCCUGGCUAUUUACGCGGGCUGCGGGGUGCUGCUUUUCUUCCUGGUGUUCCUCUACCGCGCCGCCAACACCGAGAUGACCAGGCUGCGGGAACUCCACCUCAAGUGCGCGCAGCAGCAGGAGGCGCUCGCCGCUCAGCUUCAAGUUAUAUUCGAGUACAAGGCUCGGCUGGAGAAGUCACUGGCCGAGGAGAAGAGCUCGAACGCCGCGGUGAAGCAAGAACUGCAGCAGCGCGCGUCGAGGGAGAAGUCGCUGCGUGACAAGGACAGCGUGGAAGCGAUGCAGAGGUUUAACUCGCUCCAGCAGACUUACAAGCUUCUGCAGACGGAACAUCAGGAUCUGCAGGAGGAGUGUAAGAAACGUGAGAAGCAGGCGCUAGAUGAAACCAGCAGGUUGGAGUCGACGCUGCAGGACCUGCGCGGCCGUAUCCGGCAGGCGCAGGAGGAGAAGACGAAGUCGAUGGAGAACUUGAAGACCAAGUACGCGAAUUUGCAAAUGAACAUGGACAGGCUGCAGGACAAGUACAACGAGCAGUUGAACAUGAAAGGCAAAACCGAGAAUAUCAUCAUGCACCUGCAGAAGGAAGUGUCUCAGCUCAAGCGGGAACUCGAGAAAACUAAGAAUUCCUACGCGAGAAGCACAUCUCCGGGUCCGAGUCUGGUGAGUCCGGAGGCGUCGGCCUUGCAGAAGGAUGGCGGCUCGCAGCCGAUCCCAGCACCGCAGCAGCAGCAGCAGCAGCCGCCGCCGCCGCAAGCACAACAGGUAAGUUCGCUGCAGCCUCUACACGCACCUCGCGACAAUCACGCGGACGGAGCAGCUGAGUCGGAGGAAAAGUUAAACGACGACGCCAAUGAGCCGGCCGGCGACAUUAGGUUCGUUCAGAGGAACGGUAACAUCGUUCCAGCCGACGCGAGCGACCUGAAAGAGGUCGCCGGCGAGCAGCCUCCGCAAUCGACUAACGACCUUCAGCAGAGGCAGCAAAAAAAUGUUGUCGAGCGGCCGGAUGUAGCGGAAAAGUUAGCUCCGCUCGGCAACGAGAACGGCGGCAAGAACGGACACAGCGAGGAGCAGAAUAAGCAGAACGUGGCGUACGACGCCGUGAAUUCACGGCGAACGGAGAACUCCUCCACCAUAGCGAGCGCGAGCAACCUGGUGUCGCCGUCUCUCGACAAGGUGCCGUCGCCGCACAGGCCGAAGGUCAAACUGCCAAUCGGCGUACUGCCGAUCCCGGAGAUCCGAGAGGACGACAAGAAGUCGGAGGAGGGGAUCCGAAAGCGGGAGGAUACUGCUCACAAUCCACCGCCGAAGUUCGUCCCGGCGAAUCCCGAUAGCAAGGAGAAGGAGGCGGUCGUCGAGGCCGGCAAUCUGGACCCCCCGUUUGUCGCGAACCCCCCUGUGCGCCACGUCGGCGAGCAGAUUGAGAGGAGAAUGAACGACGGCUGGUUCAAGGUGGGACCCGGAGUGCAGGAAAUCGGCGAGGAGCUGAAUCGAGUUCCUGGACUGGACGACGGGCAGGCUAACGGCGGCGACGACCAGUACGACGGCGGCGAAUACGACAAGGAACCUCAGCAAAAGAACGAUAUUCGACUGGCGGAGGGCGAGGACGAGGGGGAAGACGAGGGCGACAUGUUUGAAUAUCCGCAUAAUCUGAACCAGAGGAAACGGGAAUAAAGUCGGCGUCGUUCUGACCUUUCUACGCGACCGAUCGGAUGGCACGAGUGGAAGCCGGGUGAAAAAUAGAUGAUCUGACCUGACCUGACCGAUAUACGCAAGAUUGGCAAAACUGAUGAGAAUCACGUUCGAGCUUAAUCGACAGCGAAUAGUAUUCAAGUGUCAUAAGCAACUAUUCGAUGCCAUUUUGCGAGGGGCGUGCGAUAAUUAGCUGAACACUCACCCACGGGCGAAGUACUCUCAUAGAAGACUCGACUAGCAGACUGAUUAGCGGAUUUGAACCACGAUGGACCAUGCCCGGCGAGAGGACACGUCCGGCUGAUCGAUCGAUCCAACUCUACAAUUCGCACGCGAUCUUAGCUAAUUCUAUGUAUGAUAGUUUAUACACACGGUACAAAAUGUCGCGUCAGCCGGCUCCGCCACGUCCGACGAGAUAGGGGAGGAGGCGGGAGAGAGGGAAUUGGACGGCGGUAAUCGGCAUGCGCGACCGCGACGCAGGCUCUCGACGAGGGGAAAACGAGAAUAAAGGAACACAGACUGUAUUUUUCUAGAAUUAAGAGAUCUGCAAUGUGCACGAGAUGAGUACGUCAAGGGUGACUUAACUGCACGUUUUACUUAAGACACUCGUGACAUUGUUGACUAGUACAAGUGCGGUAGCUUGGGCUUAUACAUUGCAUUAGCGGGACUAACUGCGCCUAACGACAAGAGUGCGUUCUAACGAGAGUCUCCACCGAGCGAUCAUCUCGUAGAUGUCGAAUUCAUCGGAUGGAUUUCUCUCUUGGACGUGAAUUUCAGCAUCGUAUAAUUUAUGUACAAAUUCCCAUCGCCGUUAUCACCGUUUUCCUCCGCACGGCUUCCUUUGUACUGUUGCUGUGCGUCAGAGUCCUGUUUUCCCCACGAAGUUAUUUUCUGUCCGAAAUAAUUGAUGAUAUAUUUUUGUUCACGUACAUUUUGUUCAGUAAUAUCCUGAGUCUUCUGAACGAACGGUGAUGAUUUUUGAGUCCGUUCCGUCAGCUGUUGCAAGAUUUCAGAUGUCGAGGAGGAUCCAACAUGGACCAAAGUGCGUUUUCGAUGUUAUUCCACGCUGUCUGUUAUUCAUUCGCGCGUCUAGUAAUCGCUAGUUGCGCGUUUACGAAGAUACCCGCGAGUACGCGUUAUUGCACACAGACUUCCACACACUGAAGAGUACUCAAAUUACACGAGCGAAAUAUCACAUGAGUCUGUGAAAAAUGUCUGUGCGAAAAAUGAUCCGGUAUCUUUCCCUCACUUUUCUUGCCACGUCGAGACAAAUUUUACGAUGGUACAAAACAGCUCCGUGUGAUCACUCGCAAGACACCAAUGACUACGUCUAGUGUUGCGAUCUUGGUAGAAAAAAAAAAACAAAAAAAA